AUGCUUCGAGUUCGGAGAGGAUUGGGCUCUCCAGCCGGCUUUGCAAGCAUUUGUCGACCGUAUGUACGAUACCCCCGGCAAUGUACACCCUUCCGAUCGUUUGCGACAGACCCCAGCCUAGACAAUGCCUCUGAACUCCCCACAGACUCCAAUUCUCACACUGAGAACAUUCCGAAACCUCUCGAUUCUACCUCGGACUCAUUACAGGAACGUGUGAGCAGAGCACACUUGAACGAGGCGCAGGAAGUGAAGGAACAAGUGGAAGCUGCCAGUAAUGACACCAACUUCAACGAGGCACUGGAUGUGGUCCGUAGAGUUUAUGGUGUCGAACAUAAAGAAAAGAAGGAGAGAAAAUCUAAGUCCCCGCCCCAGACUCAAGAAUCAGGCAAUGCAGAAGAAAUAAUCUACGAAGACAAUACGCUUGAGAUAGAUUCACCAGCGGGAACUCAACAAACUGCAGUAUGGACCUCUCUGCGCGAGAAACUACAACAGAAGAUAUCGCCGGGAUCCCUAUACACGUUUCGGUCCACACGUGACGAUUCCGCCGCAUUCGUCACCGAUCAGGAUGGCGCCUUUAUGUCCAGAAGCCUGGACACAGAGCAGGAUGCCGAACCGACGGAACAACAACUCUUGGACGAAUUAAAGAAACAGACUGGAAGCGUGAAGAAACGCAGUUCCAAGCUGAAAUCCGGAAUAAAGACACUCAUCCCCAAGACAAUGGUGCUUACACCAGUCGAAAAGACUAGGGCAAAAGAAGUUCCUUAUCUGGCCUACAAUCUGGAGAAGGUUCUGUUCAACUCUGGACCUUACCAGCUCCAGGAUAGGCGCACCCAGGUUUACAAUUUUGACCCUUAUUUGGGCACAAUCAUGCCAGUCGAAGAGUUUGAUUUCAACGCAUUGAAAGAAUAUGUGACUUCUUCCAAAGAUGAAACGUUGACAAAGCUGAGUGCGAAGCACGGCAAGAAAUACUGUGGUUCAACUUCAAGUAUGACAUCCAUGCUCGCACAAUUCCACUUCCUUCUGUCAGACUGGAGGAAACCAAACUUUGACCAGUUGUCAAAAUCCUUCAGAGUUGAAUUUGAGUCGUUCACCAUGCUGACCCGAGCACCGGUGGCUGCAUUCGCACGUUACAAGGACGGUGUGUAUGCUAUCGAUGCCGACAAGGAGUUUGAUACCGCGAAUAUCCUAAGUAUGCUGGGAAAAUCCAUGGAAAAGCUCCUGACUCUGCCAAAGGAACACUUUGAAAAGUAUAGGAGAUCUCGCUCCCACGAGCUGUCGGACGAAGAGAAAAAUGCCGACGAAGCCUUUCAUUACACAACCCUGGGCGAUUUCAUGAUGCGAUCGCAGCUUGAUGCUCGCGAUAAAAGACUCCCUGGCACUGGUGUCUUUGAUCUUAAAACACGCGCCGUUGUUACUAUCCGCAUGGACGUAGGCGAUUACGAAAAAGGCGUCGGCUAUGAGAUUGAUUCCCGGUUCGGCCAAUGGAAUUCAUUCGAGCGCGAAUACUAUGACAUGAUACGAGCGGCGUUUCUCAAGUACUCCUUGCAAGUAAGAAUGGGACGCAUGGACGGCAUCUUUGUUGCUUUCCAUAACACCGAACGGAUUUUUGGGUUUCAGUACAUCAGCCUUGAGGAGAUGGAUCAAGCUAUCCAUGGAACAAUGAAUCGCAAGGUCGGCGACGAGGAGUUUAAAGCAAGUAUCGGUCUCCUGAAUGAACUGUUAAACAGAGCUUCGAAGAAAUUCCCUAAGCAAUCGCUCCGACUCCAUGUUGAAACAAGACCAUUGGACCCCGCCGUAUUGUACUUUGUGGCUGAGCCUGUUAGUGAAGAGGAAAUGCAAAAGACUCAGGACAAGGGCAAAGCAGCUGUGGAACGAUUCGAAAAGCAAAUUCUUGGUAUAUCACGCGGCGACGGUCAGGACGGAGAGCCGAACCUAGGGGAGAAUAUUGCUUCCCUUGAAGAAGAGGAACGAAUCAUGAAGGGCAUUGCAAAUCCUGAACCCGUUGACGCCCCGGAAAGGCAGAAGUCCUGGGACGAGAUGAUGGCCAAGGUAGACCAGUUCGUGGAGAACGAUGCUGCCGGGCUGGCUAAUGUCAGAGAGGCCAUCGAGCAGGCUCUGGAACAGAGCGGCCUGCUCGCAGGGAAAUCAGAGGAGGAGAGGCAUACUUAUCUCAACGAACUUGUGGAGGCCUUAACCGAGGAUUUGGGGGAUGGCAAGGAAGGGGUUGAUGAACAAGAAGACGCUUUCAACAAUUCGGCUGUGGGUGAUCUACAGCAAGCCACAUUGUCUUCUCUUGAAGGCAGCGAGGGCUCCGCACAAAUCGAGUCAAGCUCUGAAACCGAAACUCUCCCGGGGCAGUUGGACGAGGCAUCUCAGGGCGCUAGUUUUGACUUUAACCUUGAAUCCCAGAAUGUUGAGUCUGUUGAUGAGACGGUUGCCAGUCGCGUCGAGGACAAUGAGAUUGUGGUGGAUGAUAUUGCUGGGGAAGAUGAUGCUUCUGCCCAGACAGUCGACGAAAGCGUUGAUGGAAGCGUCGAGCCAGCGACCGACAUUGUUUCGCAGGAUGCUUCUUCCCUCAAGGAUCUCAUCCUUAAGGUUGCUGAAGGUGUCGAGGUCAACAUGAGCAACUUGAGGACGUUUGAGCGAAUUCUGUCAGAGCUGGUACGAGAUCAGAAGCAGCUGAGCAACGAGAUAGACGAAGAUGACUUGGUUGGUAUCGAUAACAGCCCAGCAGCCACGGACGACUCCCCCGAAGCAAGCCAGUUACCCCCUGCAGGAGAAGCAACUUCUGACCGAAAGGCGCCUGGAAAGUCCGAAAAAGAAGUGCUAGGCAUGUACGUCACAGUCCGCAAUAAGGUCGACGGCCAGAUUGUGAAACGUGUCGAAUGCCGGAACUUUGGAGAGGUGCCCGACUGGUUGGUGGAGUACACAAUUACGGAGUUCCCAUCAGACCGGGCGCAAAAGAUCUUGACCCAGAUGAAGGGUCGCCGAAGAAAGGUGAUGGAUUUGGACCCCAGUAUGCGUACCAAGCAAUGGUUCAAGAUGUGGAAUGGACAAUUAGAGGAGCGUACUCGAGCUGGAAGGAAAUCCAGGCGUAUGCUCACAGAGAGAGAGGAGCAACGAGGGAUUAAAGUUGCGUGGAACGACAAGGCAAAGAAGUCUGACAAGAAGACCACCGAGCCCAGGAAGAAGGCUGCGCCCAAGAAGAAAGCCGAGCCUAAGAAGAAAGCCGCGUCCAAGAAAACGAAAUCAUCAAAAAAAGAUGAAAGCGGGACGGAUUGA